CUCGGUCGAAUCAGGGCCCCCAUGUUCUCUGCUCCGCUGCCUCAGAUCAGCACGCCCAUGUUCCUGCCCCCGGCUCAGGUGGCUUACCCUGGAACGGCGUCACACACCCCAGCUGCCUGUAAGCUGUGUCUAAUGUGCCAGAAGCUCGUGCAGCCCGGUGACCUUCACCCCAUGGCCUGCUCACACGUGCUGCACAAGGAGUGCAUCAAAUUCUGGGCACAAACCAACACAAAUGACACUUGCCCCUUUUGCCCAAGCCUCAAAUGACGGCUACUCGAACAAAGUGGUCCCGUGGGAGGAGUUGCUGUGAAUAGACAGGAUCGGUUCUAAGAUUUCUACAGUUCUAUAUUUAUAUGACCAUGUAUACACAUGUACAUUUUUAUUAUAUAGGUAAUGUGUGUAUAGAAAGUCUGUAUACAUACAAAUUCAUAAAUAAAGUGUGUAUAUUAUGCAG